CUGUCGUACUGUUGUUGCAGUUUAGAGUCAAAGGAGAGUAGCCUAUAUCACACACACACCUAGAUCCGGAGGCAUGCAGCGCUGGUUGGGAAAUUUGAAACUUCCCAGAGACUGCACCUGCACGGUUGGAGACCCGAACGCCUCCGUUGUUGACCGGGGAUAAUCUUCGAACUACAGCCGCUCUCAAAUGCAAAGGGGUGGGGGAUUUCUGUGCAGUAUUGACUCAGUUAAGUUUUGAACUGCUCCAACUAAGUCCACACAGCGCGCAUUGCUCAAUUCUUGAAGUAUUUGCGAUUCAGUAUGAGGCGGGCUAAUUAUACGGAAAACUCAAACAUCGUCUGCUGAUUAUUGGGAAGCUAAUGAUUUGCUGUUGUCGAAGAAGACUCACAAGUUAUGCUUUGUGAUGGAAAGGAUGUGCUGAGGUGAACUUGCUAAACACGAGGUUUCCUUGAACACGCGAUUAAACGGUUCGCGACCAGCAUCGGCUGUCACCUGCUAUAACCGCUUGUGAACUUGGUCUCAAUGAGCCUGGCUGGACGUAAGACUCGAUCUUUACUAGAGGGGGUGGUCUCCUUUCUUCAACGAAUGUGAGCCAUACAUUGAAUGAACUCACUUUAAAAUGGGAACACAGAGGAACGGCUUGAAAAGGGAAAGUUACAUUCUUUCAGUUGACGUGGGUACAACAUCUAUACGUUGUCACAUCUAUGACAAGAAUGCUGAAAUACGGGGAUCAUGCUCCAAAAAGGUGACCCUAAUAUACCCUGCGCCGGGGUGGGUUGAGAUGGACCCGGAAGCGUUGUGGCAGAGCUUCGUUGCCGUGGUGAAGGGCGCCGUGCAAGAAUCCGGUUUGCAAAUGGGACAGAUGGAAGCGCUGGGGAUAUCUACGCAGAGAUCGACCUUCACCACCUGGCACAGGAAGACCGGCCAACCGUUUCACAACUUCAUCAGCUGGCAGGACCUCCGGUCUGCAGAGCUUGUGGGGACCUGGAACCGGUCCUGCACCAUGAAGGCGAUUCAUGGGGUGAUGAAGAUGCUACAUGUCCUCACCAGACAGAAACGCUUCCAGGCAGCGAGCAUGGUGGUGUUCUCCACCCAACAUGUCACCAUGCGCCUGGCCUGGAUCCUGCAGCACUGCGCAGAGGUGAGGCAUGCGGUGGCGGAGGGGAAUUGCUGCUUCGGGACCAUUGACACCUGGCUGCUGUACAAGCUCUCUAAAGGCUCAUUUCAUGUCACUGACUAUUCCAACGCCAGCUCUACAGGGAUGUAUGACUCAUACCAGAUGUGCUGGAGCAGCCUCCUGUGCUCGCUGGUCUCUCUGCCGAUGUCCAUCCUGCCCACUGUGGUGGACACGGGGCAGAACUACGGGCCGUCGGACCCCAGCAUCUUCGGCGUGCCGAUCAGCAUCAUGUCUGUGAUGGCCGACCAACAGGCCGCCAUGUUUGGGGAGUGCUGCUUCAACACCGGCGACGUAAAGAUCACCAUGGGAACGGGCACCUUUCUGGACAUCAACACCGGGAACAAGCCACAUGCAUCUUGGGCAGGACUGUACCCUUUGGUGGGGUGGAAGAUUGGUCCGGAGGUGGUGUUCCUGGCAGAGGGGAACUCCGCGGACACGGGAACGGCCAUCAAGUGGGCGUGCGGGCUGGACCUGUUUUCGGACGUAAAGGAGACUGAGGCGCUGGCCAGCAGUGUGGAGGAUUCAGAUGGAGUGUGCUUCGUCCCGUCCUUCAGCGGCCUGCAGGCUCCGCUCAAUGACCCCGGGGCUUGUGCCUCCUUCAUGGGCCUGAAACCCUCCACCACCAAAAGUCACCUGGUCCGUGCCAUACUGGAGUCACUGGCCUUCAGGAACAAACAGCUUUAUGACAUCAUGGCUCGAGAAACACAAGUACCCAUCACCAGAAUCAGGGCGGACGGGGGUGUGUGUACCAAUGACUUCAUCCUGCAGCUGACCGCGGACCUUCUGGGGAAGAAGAUCGACCGGCCGACCCACUUCGACAUGUCCAGUCUGGGGGUGGCCUUCGUGGCCGGAUUACAAGUCGGUUUCUGGAGGAAUCGGGAGGAGCUGAAGCGUCUGCGGAGAUCAGACCGCAUGUUCCUGCCGCGGGACCUCCAGGGGCGCUACAGACCCGUCCUGCAGAGCUGGGAGAGGGCCCUGCAGCGCUCCCUGCGCUGGUACAGCAAAGCCUGACCCCGCCCAGGGGGCUCUGCGCUGCUGAACCUGAGGAGCCUCCGUGAACAUUCCCCCAUCCGUCUCCCGUACGCCCCGACAGCACCAACUGCCAAAGCGGAAUUUCUGGACAGGAUUUGAAAUGCUGGAAACCUAACUGACGCAGCUCCGCCUGGUUGAGAGCUUGUCCGGACGCGUCGGCGCUUCCGACGGCUCCAUUCCUCUACCUUAAUGAAGAUGGGUGUCGUGUUUACAGUGAUUAAUGAAUGAAUUAUCCGUGAAUGGAAGCCAUUCCGGUGCUAACUCUGGGUGAAUGAAUGAACAAUGAAUGAAUAAUGAUAUCUGUGACAACUCUGGGCAGGGAGGGGUUUCUGAAGCCAACUGACGUUUGCGGAACGACACUUUUUAUGACAUUCGUUUCUUUGACAUUAUUUCAGUUUUGGUGUAUGUUUUAGAUGGACACAAGACGGUCUUUGUGUGUGAUGAAGGAUACUUUCCCUCUUUUGAGGACCAUCUGGCUUUUUGGUGGAUGGUAAGUGGGCAUUUGGGUUAUAUCAAUAAUAUAAAAUAAUAAUAAUCAUUAAUAAUAUUACUAAUACUGAUAAUAUAAACUGUCCCUUUUAGUCCUUUCCCCUUCCAUCAGAAUAGACCAGAUGCUGCCUGAACACACAAGCUGUUUUUCAGACACUAUCAGCUACAGCUACGCACUACAGUGUGUGUGUGUAUGUGUGUGUAUGUGCGUGUGUGUGUAUGUGUGCGUAUGUGUAUGUGCAUGUCUGUGUGUGUGUAUGUAUGUGUGCGUGUGCGCGCGUGUCCACGCACGGAAACACUAGGCAUAGUAAAAUCCCCAACGAUUGCGACACAGGAACUCGUAUGACUGUUAUUUAUACCUUCUAUGGUGUAAUUUUCUCGUGUCCGUUUCUGAUAAUGGACGUUGUUUUUGUUUUUUUUUGUUUUUUUUUGGGGUGUUUUGGGUGUCGGUGAAUCUCACAGGUGCUCGGUGUCAAACGGGAACAGCUCGUUCCGGCUGCUUCGCCUCUUUUCGGGGCCUGUACUGAGUGCUAAUCCAGGCUCACCUCAGCCCUUUCCCGCUCACUCGCCGUGCUAGGUGAGAAUACGGACUUUAUCCUCGAUCCACGCUCGCGUAAAUCAUCGAGUUUACAACCUCUUGACAUUUCAGCAUGCUGUGCGGUCGUGAAUUCUUAAUACAUCACCAAAAAAAAGCCUCUUUUUUUUUUUUUCCCCCAUGGUCCGUGGUCAAUAAUAAGAUAUUUUCGGUGAGGCGUUGAGACCCACCAGACAAAGUUACACCAUGCAGUAUUCCCUCUGUACCCCCCACCGGUAUUCUCUUUACAAAUGUGUUAUAAAUGUCAGCAAUGUGUUUCAAAUAAAAUGUGAUGACUUUAGCAUUGAUAACCGCUUAGUAUGUACAGUAUCUAGAGGUAUUACCAUAAAAUCUCCUGCCCCUAUUCUACUAUCCUGUCCACAUCUCCCUUCCCUAUGUGGCUAUGGCUCAACAACGGCUUUUUGUCCUCAAACUUCCUACUUUUUUGUUUUAAGUGAAAACUUUUCCCUUCUGCUAUGCCUAACUGCACAAGAGUGCCACCAGGAUCAACGCCAUACAUUCAGUGUUUACAGAACGUUUGAGGAGCUGCCCUGCUGAAAUAAUUCAGCUCAAGCUAGGUUUUGAAACGGCUGGCAGCUGGCAUUUCAAGCUGGUCAUUGCUGGGUUUUACACCAGGGUAGUGCUGUGGGGAGGGGUGACAGACAGUGACAGUUAUGAGGUAACCAAGGAAACAAAAUUUAAAUGUGUUUGAUUGCUGUAGCUCCACAGGCCCGUUUUCGACCAAGGGCCAAGAUUUGGGGGGCUUCCUGUUUUGCGGAGGACUGCUUGGUCUUCCUAGAGAUAUCAUCUGAAUCACCUGAUGUGAUGAAGUGCUGUGCUUUUGUUUGAAUGAAAACGGGAGCAGCGUUCAGAUUGGAGUUCGUGAUUAUGCAUUCCGGAGACGUGGCCAUAUUCACGUCUCCCUCUUACUCAGAAAGGAAUUUCACCGAAUUGUUUCGGUUGUAUUCCCAGCACCUUUCACUUUCAGGAAUAUCUUAGCCAUGAUGUUGUAAUUAAGUUUUAAUUUGAUAAAUAAAACAUGAAAAUGUAA